AGCUUCCUUUUAGUCCAGACAGACAGAGACAGAAACACAUUCAACUGGAAAACAGUACAAUGCGAGUAUGUACACGUCGGCGUUCACGGACAUUGCGCUUAUGGCUGUUAAUUGUCUUCCUGAGUCUGCACUUGCUCGUGGUUUCACUUGUCCUGUCCAUAUACCACACGUCCUGCGAGCUCCACUCAUACCCUGACAUCCAGACCUCCAUCAGCUUCUCCGUUCAAAAUACAUCUGCUUCAACAAGCACAAUGGCUGCCGCAGGAAGUGACACCCAAGAAGUGGAAAUGGACAGCACAGCAGAUAAUCUUGCCAAACUAGAGGCUCUGUACUCCCACCCGCUGUAUAAUUUGCCCACUCCACCUCUGCCCGAUGGUGAUUGGCUGCUGAAACUCCGAACGCAAAAAAAAGAGGAAGAGCAUAGCACACAGCAGUGGCUGAGUGCUAAUGAGGACGGCUAUGAUCCUAUCCGCUGGAACGCCAGUGCUGAGACACAUCCACCUUGGCUCCGGUUUCACCUUGGUAUAUCUCGCUGGCAGAUGUAUCAGCACAAAGACCCCAGUCUGUCAGCACUGACUCAGCAAAUGGCAUCCCAUCGCAUUGUCAGCGCAGUGCAAAAAUCAGGUGGGACGCAGCUGAAGUUGGUGAUGUCAUUUCCUAAUUAUGGACAGGCGCUCUUCAAACCCAUGAAACAGGAACGGCAUGAGGAAACCAAUGUGAAUCUGUAUUACUUUUCUGACUUUGAGAGGCACAAUGCUGAGAUCGCAGCCUUCCACCUGGACAGGAUACUGGGUUUCAGAAGGAUGCCUCCAGUGGUUGGGAGGCUUGUUAAUGUAAUAAGAGAGAUCAAAGACAUCACCACCGACCAUAAACUGGUCACAACAUUUUUCACUUCUCCAGUGGGGAAUGCAUGUUUCUAUGGCAAGUGUUCCUAUUACUGCUCUACAGAGCAUGCUAUCUGUGGCCGUCCCCUCAAGAUAGAGGGGUCUAUGGCUGCUAUGUUGCCAGACUUGAGCUUGGCACAACGUCGCUCGUGGAGGAGUCCCUGGAGGCGGUCCUACAGCCGAAGCAAGCUGGCUCAAUGGGAGACAGACUCCAACUACUGUGACUCCAUAAAAAAGACUCCUCCCUAUGACCGAGGCACUCGAUUGGUGGAUCUGAUCGACAUGAGCAUUCUGGACUUUCUAAUGAGUAACAUGGACAGGCACCACUAUGAAACGUUUGAGAAGUUUGGCAAUGACACAUUUCUCAUACACUUAGACAAUGGAAGAGCGUUUGGACGUCACUCUAAAGAUGAACCGUCUAUAUUGUCUCCUCUUGUGCAGUGCUGCAGGGUCCGUCGUUCCACAUUGCUUCGUUUACACCUGCUAUCUCUCCAGUCGUAUCGGAUGAGUGAUGUCAUGCGUGCAUCUUUGUCUCUGGACCCCCUUGCAGCGGUGGCCCCACUCCUCACUGAACAACAUCUUUCCGCUUUAGAUCGUCGCCUAGAAACAGUCAUUCAAACCAUUCAGGACUGUCUACAGCAGCAUCAACAUCACAGUGAUGUCAUAUAUGACGACAUCUCCGAUUACCCUGGGGCUUGAUGUGAUAUUAUUUAGAUCUAGAUGCUGUGCUGUAUUACCAGACUGUAAACAGUCUUGCAUUACAGUUACACUUUGUUUGAUAUACAAUGUAUGAUUGUUAAAUAAUGUUAAAUACAGUUGCUAAUCAACAAUGUGGGUUAUCAUCUGUGACCAGUUACUGUUAAAACUGUUCUUUUUUAUUUGUGUAUUUAAGACGAAAUUGAAGUUGAAAAUGUUUACAUUUUUGCAAGUAACAUAUAAAUUAUAUGCCAGAACUCUCAGAGACAGCAAAACAAUCUCAGUUGGUAUAAAAUAUAUACAUCAAUACUAGAUUAUCCAACUGUUAUUCACAUUUAUCUUCAUUUUAAGUGUAAAGAUUUGUUUAUUCAUAAUUUCAAAAGUUCUUAUAAGUUUUUUUUUGUCAGUUGUGUAUAGGCAUACUGAAGUUUAAACUUGGCUGUGUUAGUGUUUGGCAUCAUGAAGUCAUGGACCCAUGCCUCCAAUUCAACUGUACUGUCAUGUGUCAGAUUCAUGGGUCCGUACCCUCAAAAUGAUACAGUAAAAAUGUCUAAGCAUGGUGAUAGACAAGCACACUGCAUACAAGUCCCUAGUGGAAGUUUUGAUACACCCUCAAAGACAGCUGAGAUAGUGCCUCCAACUGGACCGAUGGCUCAUUCAACUGUAUUAGAAAUUAUGAUCCGCACUCACAAGAACAGUCUUCUUUUUCCGUUUUAUUUAACUAUCAUCGCCAUUGGGGAAAACAAACGUUUCGGCUACCAAGCCUUCCUCAGUGUGUAAAGCAAUUGCAUCCAUUCCUCCACCCACUUUUCAAAUCACCAAUUAUGUCGACGUCAUCACUUAUUAGUCAAUGUUGAAUCACCACAAUCAUUAAAACAUUUCCUUUUUAACUACUAGAUCAUUUUCACAACACAAAACAUCAUAUUCACUAGUACAUCACAUCCGCGACUAAGGCAAGAACUAUCCAGGACCAUUCAUCCAUCACUACUACACAAGCAAGCCUACAGUCCAAAAUUUAAUAAACAGUCAUCAACUCCAUCAAUUGACCUUAAAUAGUAUAACAGUGGAAAAUUCAGUAAUUAGAAACAUCAGAAAUGCAUUGUCAUAAGCAAUUAUGGUUUUUACACUGUAACUACUCAAUAUUUAUUAUAUAACAUCUUAAAGAUGAAUUCGACCAAUUAUAGUACAAUAAAGAAAAACAGAAAGUUCUAGUUCUUCAUUCAUGCCAUUUGGCGUCAGUGAUUUAAGUUUAUGAAUCCAAAAUGCUUCCCGUUUCAAUAGUUCUUUAUUUAUAUUACCUCCUGGAUGUGACCCAAAAACCUCUUCUAUUCCUAUACAUUCCAAUUGCUUGAUGUCGUGUCCCAUUUCAUUAAAAUGUCUCACUACUGAAGAGGUUAUAUCUUGUCAUCGUAUACUCGAUUUAUGUUCGUUAAUUCGUCAUUUCAACUGAUGUGAUGAUUUUCCUAUAUAUAUAUCUUUUGACAGGGACAUUUUAACAUAGAUCACAUUACGAGUUGAACAGGUAAUACAACAUGUAAUUUUAAAACAUUUCCGUGUUACUGGACUCAUAAACUCUUUACACAAAUUCCGGCAUGCGGCACAAUUUCUGCAUGGGAAACAGCCUUGUAUAUUUUUAUCCUUAUCUGAGUUUACCAUCAUAUCUGAUAGAUUUCGUGAUCUUUUAAAACAAUAGGCGAUAUUUAAAUUUAUCAUUUUAAAGAUUCAUCAGAUGAUAAUAUGUGCCAAUAUUUAUAAAUGAUCGAUUUUAUUGUAUUACUGUGCUCAUUGUAUGUCAAUGAACAAUUUACUGAAAAAUGUCUUUGUUUUUUAUUGGGUCUAUUUAUUUUCAAAAAAUCAUGUCUAUUCAGUUGUUCACCUUAUCCAAUGCAUUA